GGAUAUUCUCACAGGAUGUGAUGGCUGGACAGAGCGAUGAGGAGGGAAGGGUGAGCUGCUGGACUGAGCUUCUCCUGCUAUCGAUCUCUGAGUGUGUGUGUCUGAGUGUGUAUCUGAGUGUGUGUGUGUCUGUGUGUGUGAGUCUGUGUGAGAGUGUGUGUGAGGAUGUGAAAUCAGGAUGCUCAGGAGGUUGUGCAGAGUUUGUCAUCAGCUGAGAGUGAGCACCAUGCUCGUCCUCCAGCUGCUCGUCCCGCUGCUGGUCAGCUGCGUGGUGGCGUCCGCAAGUCCCCCCCGACACAUCUCUCCCUGCCAAGUUGUCCAGAUGGACGUGCUGUGCAGCGGUCGGAGCCUCAGAAGUGCACCGGCCGACCUUCCUCCCGGCGUCCACCUGCUGGACCUUUCCCGUAACCAGGUGCAGAACCUCAGCCGGGAAACUCUGGCGUACCACACCGGCUUCUAUCAUCUGAACCUGCACGCCAACAAGAUCCACUUCAUCCAGCCGGGCCUCUUCAAGGACAUGACGGAGCUGAAGGUUCUGGAUCUGUCCAAGAAUCAUCUGAAUGUCUUCGCUCUUUCCAAAACCAGCAUCGGGCGUCUCACGGCUGUGGAGUCGCUGGAUCUUUCGGGCAACGGGCUGUACACGGGCAUGUCGGACUACUUCCUGGACGAUUCUCCGUCCCUGGCGAACCUUUCUCUGAACAGCAACAGCAUCACGAAAAUAGCACAAAGUACCUUCAGUGGAUCUUUGUCCUUGGAGAAAAUCAGCCUCCACAAUAACGUGAUCCUGGAGAUCGAGGACGGAGCGUUUGACUCGUUGAGUCUUCUGACCGAUCUCGAUUUGUCCAAGAAUUCCAUCACGUGCAUCACGGACUUUAAUCUCUACAAUUUAACAGCGCUCAAUCUGAGCAUGAACAGCGUGGAGCAUUUCCACAGCGCGAGCUCCAAUCAGCUGUUCAACCUUUUAAAUCUCGACCUGAGUGAAAACAAAAUGCUUUACUUUCCAUUCCUCCCCAGAACCAACGUGCUUCAGUAUCUCGACAUCUCACGCAACCACAUCCAGAGCGUCAACGUCUCGGGAAGUCCUGAGAAAACGGCAAAUGUCUUUUUAACGCAACUUCAGUACCUGGACAUGAGUUACAACCGACUCAAAUCUAUACCAGAGUCAUUUUUCUGCUUUAUGAGAUCACUCGAGGUCCUGAAUAUCAGCAAUAACUGCAUGGGCUCGUUUUCUAUAACUGCAGAAGGUCUUCUACCGACUGUGAAGAUUAUAAAUCUCAGCUUUAAUUCCCUGCAGAGUCUGACAUUCGGGGAAAACACUUUGCAAUCGCUGGAAACACUUUUCCUGCAAGGGAAUGACAUCACCACCCUGAACCAUAACGUAUUCCAAAAACUUCCAAGUAUCAAAUACCUGCAGCUCCAACAGAACAAUCUGAAAAUCUGUGACUCGGAGCCAAAUCCGCACAAACCAGAGCGGACGGACCCAAACCAGCUGGAUCCUCCCGGCUGUGUUUCCUUGUCCUCUGUUCACAGCUUGCACUUCCUGUACCUCUCGGAAAACAAUCUGCAGUAUCUGCCUGCAAAUGCUUUUGCCAACACCCCUCUGAAGUUGCUGGACUUGUCCCUGAACCCGGGCCUGGACAUGGACAAAGACUCCCUCUGUGGUCUGGAGCACUCGCUGGUUCACCUCCUCCUGAGGGAAAACAACAUCUCCAGUCUCCACACGGAUCUGUCCCUGCUGCACAGUCUCAAACACGUCGACCUGUCCACCAACCAGUUGACGUCCCUGCCCGUGUGGAACAAAGAGUCCUCCAUCGAGUCCUUAAACCUGCAGAACAACAACCUGGUCACGCUGGAGAGCAGCACCAUGGUCGCUCUGGAGCACUCGCUGAAAACCCUCUACAUGGGCUCCAACCCCCUGAGCUGCUGCAGCAACCGGGACUUCCUCAACAUGGUCCAGCGCUCGGCCGUGGUCGUCCCCGACAUCGAGACCGUGACCUGUGUCCACGAGGACUUUUCAGAGCCGGUCAACAUCGAGAAGCUGACCGAGGUGAUGUGCCAGGCAUCGGGCAGAACCACGUAUAUCGUGGUCGCGGUGCUGGCGUUGUUAGUCGUGAUGAUCGCGGUGGCGCUUCUCGUUCAACGGAGCCGCUCGAGGAAAAGUAAGCGCAUCAGAUUCAGAGCGUAAAACAUGAAGGAACAAAACGGGACCUAGAAGAAAGACACCCAGACACAAGCUGGACACAUGAACCUUGGGUCUGUGGCGUCUCCCGACGGACAAGUUGAAGGCUUGACUCUGGUUUAACCAUUUCAGGAUUUGGGCAACGUUGAAAAAGGUGAAUUGGGUAAAACUCCACAAUCAUUAGGUGAUUGUGUGAAACACCUUGUGCCUUGAUAUCCUGAGAAAACAGAAAACAUGUCUGAAGAGAAGUUUGGACUUUUUUGGAUGAACUUCUAAAUAUCCGAGUGUCUUAGAACCACGUCUCUGUUGUAAAUGUGAUGCUACAACCAGCUGCAAGUUAGCUUAGCUUAGCAUAUGAGAUUACUAACAGGGAUACAGUUAACCUGGCUCUGUCCGAAGAUAAGAAAAUAACUUCUACCUUACCUCAAACUCAUGACGUCCAUUUUUAAAUACAAGACAAGCUUUGGUUUCUCUUGAAAUCUAUCUGAGGCUCGUCGGGGAAAUAUUUAGAAAAAGACGUAUUAAAUAAUGAGCUUUAAAAGUCGAGUAAACUACGAGGACUUUGUGACCUGAAAACCAAACCAGAUAAACUGACUGUUCCCCUGUUUCCAGUCUGUGUUGCUACUGUACCGAAUGAUGAUAUUUAGCUUAAAGCUAAAACUAAAGUAAACAACACUAUGAAACAAAAAUCCUCUUUAUUGUUGCACGAUGUAGAUGAAGAAGUUUUAUUUUUUAUUUUCAAACCAGUCCAAGCCGUCCUUCAUCCUUUCAUGUAGUUUGCACUUUAUAUAUUUUUUCUAUUUGUGUGACGUGUAUCUUGUUUUAUUACAAACGACACUAAGAAAUGAAUAUGACUAGAAGUCCAAGCAGAGCAUAUGUUGAAAUAAUUUAUUUUUUUAGUGCUUUCUGAACUGAUCCCAGGUCUGUGAUGCUCCUCAAUGAUUCUUUUGACAUUUAAAUAUUAACUACAGGUUAACAGCUGCCACAAACACUGAAAUAUCCAAAAAAAACUGUGAUACUCUGAUACAGAAGUACAAUAUUAUACUGUUAUGAAUAAAUAAUGAAUAUAAACAGUCACACUGGGAUCCACAGUUUCAUAUCUGCUUUGUUACUGUGGUAACGACAUUUCAACAUUGUGUGAGAAAGUAUUUGAAGUCUGUGUGUUGCCUGGUUUCCUUUCAAUAGAUAUUCAUUAUUGUAAUAUUGUGGAAAUAUUGUACUUUCUUGACAAUAGUUUGAGUGAAAUCAGCUUCGUGUCUGUGAGAUGAAUCUGUAGCGACUCCACAAACACUCGCUCCGUCCGAAGGAAACAAAAUCCUCAUUAAACUCACUAAUUAACACAUUGAAUUGUUUAAUGGAGGAUUGUGAGGAAAGAAUUCAAUGAAAUGAUAUUAAACUGAAUGUACUUUUCUAA